CCUCUUCCGAAAUCCAUCAGGUUGCGGUACACGCUCAUUGUCGUUUGCGUCUGUUCUGUGCAAAGGUUUUUGAAUAGAUAUAUCAGAAUAUACAUUUCUCUUCGGGUUUUCAUUGCCAGUACUGCGUACUCGCCCCUCUUUACCCGUGGUCUUCUUCCAACUGGAAUGGCUUCACCAAGCAUUAGACCAUGUCCAUGAACGAGCCUCAUAUCCCAGAUGAUUAUCCAUCGCCCUUGGUGAAGGAUUCUUACGUCGGACCCUCGUCCUCCUCUUCACGAAUUCCACCUGUCCGAAACGACGCCACAAAAGCCCAUCUUGACGUUCCCUCUUUCCAUCGACAUUCUAGACCUUCUCUCGACAGCACAUAUUCCGAGUUGUCCGAGCUGUCAUUUCACUCGAACGAACUACAAACCCGCCAUCCUCUCAUCCGCAGCAUAUCUCAAGAUGCCAGAUCAACAGACUUGUGGUGGCGUCGCAUCCCGGCUGCCUUCCAUCGUUUUUACGUCUUCAACUAUGGCGCUAUGCUCGUUGUCCUCGCGCAGUUCUUCGGCGUGGGUAUGAACGUGAGCACUCGGUUGCUGGAAACGGCAGGCUCUCAUGGCGAACCGAUGCAUCCCUACCAGAUCCUCUUCGUUCGGCAGUCCAUCACGGCUUCCCUCUGCACCGCUUAUGGUCUGUACACCAAAUCCGUGCCUGAUUUUCCCUUGGGACCCCGCCAAGUCAGGUGGCUGCUUGUGGCUCGAGGUGUAUGCGGUUUCCUGGGUGUCUUUGGCAUGUACUUCAGCCUGCUAUAUCUCCCACUGAGCGAGGCAACAGUUCUGACGUUCCUGUCACCGAUCUUGAGCUGCUAUCUCUGCACUUUCAUCAUUCCCGGAGAAACAUUUAGCAGACAACAGCAGUUGGCAGGCCUUGUCAGUUUGAUAGGAGUCAUCUUCAUUGCCCAACCAGCGUCCCUCCUAUCGUCGUCAACCACUUCAGCCGAAACGUCGACCCCGUCUGUAAUACCAGCCUCGAAUUCCACCGCUGUCGAGAGCCCUUCUUCGCAAGGCCCGGACCAACAUCAGCAUCUGGUUGCCAUCGGCAUAGCAAUGAUAGGUGUUGUAGGAUCGACAGGGGCCUAUACAUCCAUUCGCGCCAUCGGCACACGGGCUCACGCUUUCAUCAGCAUCAAUUACUUCAGCAUUUGGUGCACCAUUGUCUCCUUGUUCUGUCUGAUCGUCUUUCCUGACGUCAAAUUCCGGCUGCCAGCUAACCUGAUCGAAUGGAGCUUGCUGAUCAGCCUCGGAGUCUGUGGCUUCGUCAUGCAAUUCCUCCUUACGGCAGGGUUGUCCUAUGGCGGACCUGCUGAUCCCUCGCAAACCUUGCAGCGGACGGUGACUCAGUCACACCAGAAAUUCACAGACGUCGAAAGCCGUGAUUUAACGACUGUCCCCGAGGGGGUUGAGGGCGGCGCGGCGAGACAAUGGUCCAUCCCCAAGCCAUCUGCAAGUGGCUCUGGUACCAGAGCGACCAGUAUGGUUUACACCCAGAUGUUCUUCGCAUUAGCGGGCGACAAGCUCGUCUUUGGUAUUACUCCUACCACAAUGAGCUGGGUCGGUAGUGUGCUCAUCCUGGCCGGAGCUGUCUGGGUUGCUGCUGCCAGAGAUACCGCAACGAACCACGAGCGUGCCUGCAGUGACGGAGGUUCUGGUACCGAUGCUGUAGUGCUUACUGCUCACGGCCCCGCCAAGGCAACACAAUCAACCGAAGAAGUCGUUGGAUUGAUGCAGGACCACGAGGCAGAUCACCUAUACGAUCGUCAGCAUGAGGCCGAUGGUCUCGGAACUGAACCAAAUGGUAACCGAACCGUUGAGACUAUGGAAUUGCAUGAGCUGCGGACUACCAUCAGCCGCUAAUGAAUCGGAACACGCAGGCCUUCGCGCCCUCCUUGAGACAGUGAAGUGGUGGUUCACGUGCCCUUUCGAACGCACCAGUCAUUUCGGUAGGCAAUCGACAUAUGACUGGGGAGGAUAUAAAUACAAAAUUACAUACCAUAGACUCGGGGACUACAGCAUAACGAAGUAUUGCCAAUUUAGUUGUCCUUUUCCUCCCAAUGUAAACUCUUCAAG